AUGGGGCGUAAGAAAGCACCUGGAAGGCUGGGGAUGGACCCGUACUCGAAAUUACUCCAUCGAUUCUAUGAACCCCUUAUUCUGGCUAGAGUCCUCGGACAGACACGAGGAACACAUACCUCAGCCCCUCAACAUGACGAGAGUCAAUCUGGACGUAGAAGGCUGCUCAGUAACCUUUCUUACCUUUGCGACUAUGAUAAGGGAGGCGAUACGACUUCUUCCAUUGCUCUUGAGGACACAGACGAAUGCUACAUAUUCUGGAUCGCGUCAAAUACAGCUCGGGCGGGCAUCAGGAACUUAGGUGGGUUAAAAGAAUUGCUGAAACAAAUACAUCACAUCAUUAAGCUUAAAGAAGAGCAAAGGAGUCCCUUUGAGGUUAAAUUCACCCGCGCAUGGGUAGAUUUUGCUGAGAAGAGGGUGAAGAAGGAGGUCAAGUUGCUAUCAAGGGCGAUAAAUGAGUGCGAAGGAUAUAUCAGCAAGGAAAAUUCCGUACCAGAUUCCCAAUUAGUCAAAUGGCUACAGCAAUUCAUUCCUGCCAAAGGGAGGUCUGUAGCUGACGUUUGCUUCCAAGUUUAUGAUCAACGAAAGACACCAGAGUUUCGUUCACUGGAGGGUAAAACUUACUCCGGUAAUGGAAACAUCGAUCCUAGAAAAUAUGAGUCCCUUUUCGCAACAGUACGUCAUCGUCUAGGGCGAUUGGCUAAUCAUGUCCGAGCACCAAAGAAAGUUAUCGAAGAUUCACUGGAAUUGGGCCACCUAUUCGAUGUGUACAAGAUUUGCUUGGUUAACCCACCACCGAUUAACGAACCACCCAAGGCGGACUCUCUUACCGAGCUUCACAGUAUCCUCAAGCGGAUGUUGCCGGCCAAUGACCCAAAAUUGGAGGAAUAUACAGAGGCUCUAGUAUCUCUAGAUCAUAAGUUCCAAAUCACAAGACGAAUCCGCGGAGAAUAUGACAAUAAAAACUUACAACUGCGCGUCCACGCGGAGGUUCAGAUUCUAGAACAUUUCUAUACGAACCAACUCCGCUACGUUGAUAAUGAUCACUACAUUGGAUGCAGCAAGCCAGCAUGUUAUUGCUGCCACCUCUACUUCCGGCAUCACAAGUCUAGUCCCGUGGAACCGGUAUCACAUCAGAAGAUAUAUCUGAAUUGGGGAGUACCGGCGCUGCCCGAGGGAUCUAGAAGUCCGGGCUACAAUAUGCAGCGAGAUCUGAUGAAUAAAAUGUUGGAAACGAUUAGGAAAGAUGCCCUGGCACAGAUCAUACAGAAAGCAGGACCGCUCACAUGGCACCCCGAUUCGCUGACGGGGAUUACUAUUUCAACCAUGGCACUUCCUGCGGAGAAAGUCCACCUUGAAGAGAGUGUUCUUGAAAGACAGUUAACAAGUUCGAGUUAUGACUCUAUUAUGCCGGAAAUCAUUCCCGUCAUGGACGCACAGUCACGGAUCGCUGAAGAAUGGAGUAGCUCAUCCCUCGACAACGAUGAUUCGUCGACCUGUGAGCAUCAAGGGGAGGCUAUAAGUGAAUUUGACUCCGAUUCCGACUCUGAUGGGGGCGCAACCUCGGAAAUGUCCAACGGUAUCAAUGGUUUUCAUAAGGAGAUUGAAACACUCCAUAUAAACGGCAAUGGAAAUAGUACGAACGGUACAAAUGGGCGAUCUGCGUCAGAGGAGAAUGACAAGAAGAAAAAGCGAAUGAGUCGCAAGCUCUCCAGUCCUAUGAUGCCGUCCUUUAUGGUCUCGGCUCCUGGCAAGGUCAUCGUCUUUGGCGAACAUGCAGUAGUCUAUGGCAAGGCCGCUAUCGCUGCCUCCGUCUCGCUCCGCUCCUACCUCCUAGUGACGCAUCUCUCCAAAUCGAAACGUACAGUAACCAUGCAGUUUCCCGACAUCGACCUUAUCCAUACGUGGAAUAUUGACGAAUUACCAUGGGACAUAUUUCAACAGCCUUCUAAGAAAAAGUAUUACUACGAUCUUGUCACAUCUCUCGACCCCGAUCUCGUAAAAGCUAUUCAACCUCAUCUUGCAGGCAUCUCGCCAGGGAAGUCAGAACCCGAGCGAAAAAUACACCAAAACUCCGCCGCCUCGUUUCUAUACUUGUAUCUGUCACUAGGAUCGCCAAAGUCCCCAAGCUGCAGGUAUACCCUUCGUUCGACAAUACCGAUUGGGGCUGGUGUUGGGAGCAGCGCGUCGAUUGGCGUCUGUCUAGCUGCUGCUAUGCUGUUACAAAUUCGUACGCUAUCUGGUCCGCAUCCCGACCAACCACCUGAAGAGGCUCGUCUACAAGUGGAAAGGAUAAAUAGGUGGGCUUUCGUGGCCGAGAUGUGCAUACACGGCAAUCCUUCUGGCGUUGAUAAUACAGUUUCUACACAUGGCAAAGCUGUGGUGUACCAGCGAACGGACUAUAAGAAACCGCCAACGGUGACACCGCUAUGGGACUUUCCCGAAUUGCCAUUACUCCUAGUGAAUACUAAAACACCAAAGUCUACGGCUGCCGAAGUGGCCAAAGUCGCGAAGUUAAGUGGCACGCACCAGGAGCUAGUGGGAACGAUUUUGGAUGCGAUAGACAAGGUCACCAGAAGUGCGGAGAGUUUAAUAGAGGAGGAAUAUUUUGACAACGAGGAAACGGAGAGUCUACGGCGCGUAGGAGAGUUGAUGACAAUCAACCAUGGUUUACUUGCGUCUUUGGGCGUUUCGCAUCCUCGCCUCGAACGAAUACGAGAACUAGUCGACUACGAAGGGUUCGGAUGGUCGAAGCUUACUGGUGCGGGCGGUGGCGGUUGUUCGAUAUCGUUAAUGAAGCCGGAUAUCCCUCAAGAAGAGCUGGAUAAGCUAGAACACAAACUCGACAUGGAGGGAUACCAAACAUUCAGGACGACUCUUGGUGGAGAUGGUGUCGGCGUGUUAUGGCCGGCAGUGUUGAAGAACGGCCUAGACGAAGAUGAGGAAGGCGGCAUGGAAAUCGAUCUUGAAGGUUUCCUGAAUGCACCAGGUAAUGAUGGUGUGGAGAAGAUGGUUGGUGUAUCUGGGGGUUUAGACGGAGCUGAGAGGGAAGGCUGGAAAUUCUGGAGGGUCGAGAGCCAAUGA